AUGCGAGUCCAUGUGUUCGGAAACUCUCCGUCUCCAUCAGUUGCAAAUUAUUGUUUACGAAAGGCGGUUUGUAAUCAUGAAGGAGAAGAACAGUGUGACAACGUAUGUAAAUAUGUGAAAGAACACUUCUAUGUUGAUGAUGGACUUCUUUCUAGUGACAGUGAAAAAGACAUUGCUAGUCUUAUUAAAAGAAAACAUGAUAGACUAAUGACGGGUGGAAAUAUUCGAUUACACAAAAUCAUAUCGAAUAGUAACAAAGUGCUUUCUAGCUUUCCACAAAAAGACCUAGCAAAGAAUAUUACGGAAAUAGACUUUGAUUCUGACGCAUCUUGUUUACAGCGUAGUUUAGGCUUAAGCUGGGACGUCAUUCGAGACAUAUUCACAUAUCAGCUAUCAGCAGAUGAGAAACAUUACACAAAAAGAGGAGUACUCUCAGUCAUAAAUGGAAUUUUUGACCCUAUAGGUUUUGUAGCGCCUGUAAUCCUAGGAGGGAGACUGAUAAUGAGACAAGCUUUACAGAACGCAAGUGUAGAUUGGGAUGAUCCAUUACCAGAAUAUUUGAUGAAUGAUUGGCAGGUCUGGAAACAAUCAUUAAAGGACUUAGAAACAUUAGAAAUCCGAAGAUCUUUCACUGAAACAUCUUUAGGCGACUGUUCAAAAUGUGAACUCCACAUCUUUUCAGAUGCAUCCAAAGAUGCUAUAGCCUCAGUAGCUUACAUUCGCACAUUCAAUGACAAUGGACAUUCUCAGUUGGGAUUCGUAUUAGGAAAAUCAAAAUUAGCACCUAACCAUGGUCACACCAUACCCAGACUUGAGUUGUGUGCAGCCGUUCUAGCAACAGAACUUGCGUCUUUCAUUCAGAAGACUCUUGAGAUACCUUCAUCUGCCACAGACUUUUAUACAGACAGUCAAGUGGUCCUAGGUUAUCUAUAUAAUGAGACUAGGCGAUUUUAUGUGUAUGUCAGCAAUCGAGUUGAUCGAAUUCUGAAGGUUUCUACAAAAUUACAAUGGAACUAUGUGCCAACAAGCUAUACUCCAGCAGAUCAUGGUACAAGACCAUUGGAAGUUAACAGUCUAAGACAAUCAGAAUGGUUAAAAGGUCCAAACGCCUUUUUUGAGUCCCAGAAUUUAUCAGAUAGCACACUGUUUGAAGUCAUAGAACCAGAAGUCGACAAAGAAGUCAGACUAUUAGUGGAAGUAAAAAAGACAUUUGUUAAGUCAUCAGGUCUAGACAUAAGUUUAUUUGAACAUUUUUCAACAUGGACAAGUCUUGUCAGAGGUAUCGCAUUUCUUAAACGAAAAGCUUCAAUGUGGCACAAAGAUGCGACUGAUGACAAGAACAGUAAGUCUUGCGUCACCUUUAUGAAGGAGUCUGAGAAGUUGAUUAUAAAGGAGGUACAACAAGACAUAUACUAUAAUGAGAAUGACUGCUUGAAGAAAAGUAAACCUUUACAAAAGAACAGUAGUUUAAUUGCACUUUCACCAGUAUUAGACUCCGAUGGAUUACUUCGAGUAGGAGGAAGACUUAAAAACUCAGACAUAGAAAGUUGUGAAAAAAUGCCUGUAAUUAUACCAGGUAAAAGCUACAUUGCUACAUUAAUAGUCAAGCACUGCCACAAUGCUGUUCAGCACAUGGGAAGACAUUUUACUGAAGGAGUAAUUCGUUCGAGAGGAAUAUGGUUGACUGGAUGUAAACGGCUCAUUAAUUCCAUCCUACACAACUGUAUAAAAUGUCGUAAAUUGCGAGGAAGUGCCGAACAACAGAAGAUGGCUGAUCUCCCUUCUGACCGUCUCACAACAAGCCCUCCAUUUACCUAUGUGGGCGUGGACACCUUUGGUCCUUGGUCCAUCUUAACAAGACGCACACGUGGAGGUUCAGCAAAUACAAAGCGAUUAUGUUUUCCUGUCUAG